AUGGCCAACCCCACCGAAAAAACUUUUCUUCUACCCGAAGACGAAACGCCCAGGUAUAUUUUCGGAUACGGCAGUCAGUUCCAAAGGAGAUAUCAAACCAGGAAAUUUCAAUGUUGUGUGGCUACUGUGAUACUAUCCAUUAUUUUAACGAUAAUCACUGGCCUAAUAAUAUUCAUAUCAGUUGGUCAACACGAGUUACCGCCAGAUACACCUGACAACCUAACUCUGAACUUUCUAACACUCACUCAGUUUCCUAUUGGCGAUGUAAAUUUAACUGAGGUUCACAAAGAAGACGAAUGGGAUGACAUAGUGAAUAUGGGUGUAGCUGCCUUGAAAGAAAGAGAUACAAAUGAAGACAAAGUUAGAUCUCUACCAAUUCAAAGUCCCGGACAUAGACAUCAAAUGGUUGUAUCUACAUCCAAAAAAGCUAGACAUAUUUCCAGAAUUGGUUACAUAGAGGAUCAUGCCACGCAAUUUUUAAUCAAAAAAUAUCCAGAUUUAAAGUCCAAAAAAAUAAAGUACAACUCCAGCAAUGACAUUCUGAUUGAUUUUUGUGAUAAAGAGAACAUACUGUGCAAUAAGUACCAAAAGUAUAGGACGUAUGAUGGGACGUGUAAUAAUUUCAACCACCCCCAAACGUAUGGGGUCGCCCUGACUCCUUUUAGACGCGCUCUACCCCCAGAUUAUAGCGAUGGUAUUAAUAUGCCGAGAGCUUCAGCUUCGCAUGCCAAGCUUCCCUCGGCCAGGACUGUUAGUCUUGUGGUGCACCGACCUUACUACAGAAGCGAAAAAAAAUUCUCGGUCAUGCUGGCCGUUUGGGGGCAAUUUUUGGACCACGACAUAACCGCUACAGCAAUAAGCCAAAAAUCCGACGGCAGCUCUAUAUCGUGCUGUUCGAAUUCGGGAUACAGAUCUCCGGAAUGUUUUGCAGUUCAGUUGGACAAAGGCGAUCCGUUUAUGGAGUACAACGUCUCUUGUAUUGAGUUUGUGCGAUCAGCCCCAGCCCCCAAGUGCUACUUGGGGCCUAGGGAGCAAAUCAACCAGGUGUCGGCGUACAUAGACGGGUCUGUUGUAUACGGUGGCAGCGAGGAGUCUGCUAGAAGCCUGCGCACUUUGGAGAAGGGGAAGUUGAGGAUGUUGGAGGUGGAAGGCAGGGAGCUUCUGCCGGUGUCCGAGAACUUAACAGAUGGUUGCAAUAGAGAGGUAGAGUACAAUAAAGGAAGAUACUGCUUCGUGACAGGCGACAGCAGAGCCAACGAGAACCUGCACUUGACCAGCAUGCACCUAAUAUGGGCCAGACAACACAACCUGCUGGUGAAAAAAUUAUCGAAGGUCAACCGCGAUUGGAACGACGAAAGGCUGUUUCAAGAGGCCAGAAAAAUCGUAGCCGCUCAGCUGCAACACGUAACGUACAACGAGUUUCUGCCGAUUCUGCUGGGGAAAAGUACCAUGGAAAAGUUCGAGUUACUGCCAAAGAAAAAGGGGUAUUUCGAAGGCUAUAACGAUACUGUGGAUGCGUCCAUAGCUAACAGUUUCGCAGCGGCUGCUUUCAGGUUUGCUCACUCCAUAAUUCCGGGUUUGAUGAAGUUGUUGGCGAACGAUACGUCCAGUCCCGAGUACGUAGCCACGCAUAAAAUGCUGUUCGAUCCGUUCAAGUUGUUUGAAAGUGAGUACUUGGAUAAAACUUUGAACGGAGCUAUGAAUACUACCAUCGAGGCCACUGAUUCGUACUUCACCAAAGAGUUGAAGAGUCAUAUGUUUGAAAAAUCCGAUGAAUUAAAAACAAAUCCACAACUCUGUGGUUUGGAUUUGGUAUCCCUUAAUAUACAACGGGGAAGGGACCAUGGUCUUCCACCAUACAUAGACUGGAGGAAACAUUGUGGGUUAAAGAAGGCAACAAAUUACGACGAAUUGAAACCGUACUUCUUCGAAGAUUCCUGGUACAAUAUAAAAUCAAUUUACAGAUCAGUGGAAGACAUAGAUUUGUAUACGGGAGCUUUAAGUGAAAUACCUUUGGAGGAUAGCAUUUUGGGCCCAACGUUGACCUGUUUAAUUCUGGACCAAUUCGUAAGGUUAAAAUAUGGUGACCGGUUUUGGUACGAAAACCCAACGAGCAUUGAAACUUUCACACAAAAUCAGCUGGACGAGUUGAGAAAAACAAGUCUAGCUGGAAUAAUAUGCGACAACUCGGAUAGUAUUGGAACGAUUUUACCCUUGGUUAUGGAAAGGAAUGGCAAAAAUAAUGGAAACACUAAAUGCUCUGAUAUUUCCCAACCUGAUUUUAAUUUUUGGAAAGAUAACAGUGGGAGGAUAUCUGUAAAACAAGACUCUUUAAAUGUU